UUCUGUUAAAUGGUGCAUCAACUGGGAACAGGACGGACCUCUACCUCUAGGACAGGCCUACAGAUGAGCACGGACACCGCUGCCUUUAACUCAGGACUGUACGCAAGGAAAACAUGAGUCGUGAUGGAGACGCAUUAUCAGUGAUUGAGAACCCGGCGGCUGUCAGUCAUCCUUUUCACUUAGAGAAAGCAGCAGGAGUUGCAGAGACCAAAGGAGUGCAGUGCAGCACUUGGUUAAAAAGGAUUCAUUCCACAGCUCAUGCUCACAGAUUGGUGAGGCUACUGGCAGCGGUGUGCGUAGUUGGACUCUUGGGAGGCUUGGCUGUAGGGGUCUGGUUUCUGGUCAAACUUCUCUUGAGACCGUCUUCCUCCCAAAGUGCGGUGGGACUCGGGGACACCAAAGAGACGUCCUUCUGCAAUGUGACUGAGGACAUUUCCAUCUCUGACCCCAGAAAAGUGUUUUACAGAAUCAGCCCAGAGAACUCCCUCCUGGAGAUCCAGCUGGGAAAGUUGCCCACCUGGCUGCCAGUGUGCUACGAGAGGUGGAACUCCUCACUGGGAACGCUGGUCUGUCGACAGCUGGGUUAUCUAAGACUCACCAAGCAUAAAGGAGUGAAUCUAACUGAUAUUGGGCCAAACUAUACUGAUGGCUUUAUACAAAUUACCUCAGAACACAAGAGCAGUCUGGAAAAUAUGUGGCAACUCAGGGGGAGCUGUAUCACAGGGAAGGUUAUCGCUUUGCAAUGUUUUGAAUGCGGUACACGAGCAAAGCUGCCCAGGAUAAUCGGGGGUGUCGAGGCCACACUGGGCAGGUGGCCCUGGCAGGUCAGCCUUUACUACAGCAACCGUCACACCUGCGGAGGUUCUAUCAUCACCAGCCAGUGGGUCGUCACAGCUGCCCAUUGUGUACACAACUACAGGCUACCUCAGGUGUCCAGCUGGGUGGUCUACGCUGGCAUUGUGACACGCAGCUCAGCUAAGAUGGCUCAGCACACAGGGUACGCAGUGGAAAAGAUUAUCUACAACAAGAACUACAAUCACAGGAGCCAUGACAGUGAUAUUGCCCUGAUGAAACUGCGGACUCCUUUGAAUUUCUCAGACACAAUUAGGCCUGUGUGCUUGCCUCAGUACGAUUAUGAUAUUCCAGGAGGAACACAAUGCUGGAUCUCUGGGUGGGGUUACACUCAGCCUGAUGGUGUUCACUCACCUGACACCUUGAAAGAAGCACCGGUUCCCAUAAUAAGUACGAAGAAGUGCAACAGCUCUUGCAUGUACAAUGGAGAGAUCACGUCACGGAUGCUUUGUGCUGGAUACACAGAGGGAAAAGUGGAUGCAUGUCAGGGGGAUAGCGGGGGACCUCUGGUUUGCCAGGAUGACAGUGUGUGGAGGCUGGUGGGAGUUGUCAGCUGGGGGACAGGCUGUGCUGAGCCUAACCAUCCUGGCGUCUAUACCAAAGUGGCUGAAUUCUUGGGCUGGAUAUAUGAUAUGAUCGAGAAUUACUGAGGAGGAAUACCAAGCAGAGGAUGCUCUUGAUGAUUCCUGUUGGAGACAUUUACAAAUAAUAGUCACUCUUUUUACUUAUAUGUCCGUCAUGUAUACAUGAAUGCUGACUGGAAACAUACAAAUGCUUUUACAAAUUUCUAUGUUAUAUUUUUCAUGUAUUAAAUAUAAAUUAUGCCUCUCCUAAUAUUGUGUGCUAUUCUUUUUUUCACCACCAGGGAGCAUCUGCAUGACAUCUCCUGUCAGCUAGUUUCCAUAGCAACUGACAACAUUAGCCCAGGUAGUUAUUAAGCAAAGUUA